AUGCACUUUCACCAAAGUCAGAGUCCAAACAAAGAUGUGCGGAUGGGAAGGAGCCAGCGAUUAGCAGCCAAUGGCAGGCGAGGUCCGGCCGAUACCAAUCCCGAUCCCUCAGAUGCUCGGAUGCUACGUGUGUGUACCUCGGAUCCCCUGGGAGACCGAGACCACUUGACGCUGCCAGACUGUCUGACGCUGGCGACAAGUAGCCAGUGUUUAAAUGUUCGCGCCCCGGUCCGCAGCCUUUUAGUCGAUCAGCGAGUCAGGAUGAGCAAGGACACGAGUGUUACAGUUACUAGGAUUUGCCAGCGGGAGCGACGUCUUCUGAGGACGCCCAAAUGCGCCAGGUGCCGCAACCACGGGGUCAUCUCCUGUGUCAAAGGUCACAAGCGACUGUGCCGCUGGCGCGAGUGCUGCUGCCCCAACUGCCAACUGGUCGUCGAUCGCCAGCGGGUGAUGGCCGCCCAGGUGGCCCUGCGCCGCCAGCAGACGAUGGAGGCCCUGGAGGCCACCACCUCCUCCUCAGGAUCGAAGCACCCGGUGAAUGGCACGACCUCCGGCAGCGAGGGCGAGGAUUCCCUAGCCUCCUCUUCACCACCACCACCUCCGUCGGCUCAUCCACAAUCCCCAGCAUCUGUGACCAACUCCUCCUCCUCAUCAUCCGCCACCCGACAGGCCCUGAUGGCCCAGAAGAGGAUCUACAAGCAGAGAUUACGCAGUCUGCAGCAGUCCACGCUCCAUAUCACAGCUGCCAUGGAAGAGUACAAGCAGCGAUUUCCCACGUUCAGUUCGCCGCUGAUGGAGCGCAUGCGCAAACGACGGGCGUUCGCCGAUCCGGAACUGAACCACGUCAUGGAGGCGACGCUGGGCGGGAACGCUUUGUACUUUGCCACCGUUGCCGCCGCCGUCCACCAGGAGCACCUAUAUCACCCAAUGCCGCCGACGAUAACGCCCUCUGUUCCGCCCACCUUCAGUCCUGAUGAUCAGAUGAUGAGGAACACCUCGGGAACAGCCUCCAUCUCCUCGAUCUCCGAAAAGAAGCCCAAGCUGAGCUUCUCCAUCGAGUCCAUCAUGGGCAUCAGCACGUAGUCCCCAUCCAAAAUACUCUCUGUACAUAGCCCUAGAAUUAGACGAUCU